UUAGAUUUAAUAUUCAUUAUGCAUCAACUGAUGCACAUUUGUAUUUCUUGUGCAGAUUUGAAGAGCAUUAUUGAACUGGCUCAGAAUGAGGAGGUGGAAUCAAUUGUGUUGAAGAGAUAUGGGAGGGAGGCUUAUAGGAUAUUCAGGUUACUCUCAAAGGCUGGUCAUUUAGUUGAGACUGAUAAGAUUUCAAACACCACUUUUGUCGCAAAGAAAGAUACAGCAAAGAUCCUAUAUCAACUGUGGAAAGAUGAUUAUUUGCAUAUGGAGAAAAUAGUCACAUACGGAAGUAAACAGUCACAGUUCUUGUUGUGGAAUGUUAAUAAGCAUACUCUUUGGGAUAAUGUUUUAAAUGAGAUGUACCACACUGCCUUAAAUCUGAGAAUACGAAUCGCUCACGAACAAGAACAAGAAAAAGAGGUUCGUAAAAUGCAGACAGCUACUCGUACUCUCAAUCCUUUUACUUUGACCUUACUCUAUCUGUACUUUGACCUUAUUCUUGUGUUUAUUGUUACUUGUUCCCUGUCAUUUUAUUUUGUGAAAAGUGGAAUUUUCAACUGCCUACAACUGAAAAGAGUUAUCAAAUUGAAGGGUUAGGUGCUAUUGGUUGUUUAAACCAUCUUUUUAAUUACUAAACUAUAUUGAUGGGGUGGGUGCUAGAUAGGAGCCUGCUGAGAAAAUAUA